ACACACACACACACAUACACCCCUCCCCAUAACCGUUGCCCUUCCGGCUCCUUUCGUCUUUCCCUAUCUCCAACCCCCUCCUCCCCUCCCUCCCUGACGAUCGAUGUCUGGCCCGCCCGACGCCGGCACCCCCGGCGCUGCUGCAGGGGCCCGGCCGGUCCCCCUGGCCGGAGCCUUCCUCUCAACAGCGCCCGGGGCCACCCCCUCUCCGGCGCCCAGCAGCGACCGUCCCCGCCCGGCGGCAGCCGGCCUGUCCACGCCAAUGACCUCCCCCCAGCGGCGUCUGUCGGCUGGGCUGGCAGCGGCGGCCACGGCAGCGGCCACCGGUCUCCCGGUGCCCUCCAGCGAGCUGCUCGGCGACUCGCCUCCCUCCUCCUUUGGACUGGUGCAUCCGGACUCCAGCGACAUGGACACCUCCAUGGAUGAGCGUUUGGCGGCCGUCGAGCGGAGCAUGUAUGAGCAGCGCUCCUCGCAAAAGACGCGGCUCUCCUUCAGUCCGUCCCUCUGGCCCGGGGGCGCGGGCCAGCACUUGAGUUCCAGCUCCGACCUGGCCGCGCGAUCCCCCCUCUGGCAGCAGCAGCAGCAGCAGCAGCAGCAGCCACCAUCGCGCCCACAAUCGCACGCGCACUCGCAGCAUCACCAUCCCCAGCCCCGCCCCCACCACCAGCCACCGCACCAGAUGCCGGGGUCGAUGCACUCGGAGGCUGGCCAUUCGUCCUCCUCGCCGAGGCUGACCGGGCCAAUGUCCCCCGGUGGCCCGAUGUCGCCGAUGGGCGCGGCCGUGCUGCACACCGCGACCGAGGGCCUCCGGCAGCCGGACGACGCGGCGGUGGGUCCCUUCGGCACACCGGCGACGGUGGCCGCGGCCACCAUGGCCUCCUCUCCGACGCCGCGUUUCAGCAGUGCCUGCCACUCGCAGCACCGAGGCGGAGCCCGAGGCACGGCCUCCAGCGCGGCCAUCCCCCUGGGCGGGGCUUUUCAAUCGUCCCCCUUCUCCUCGCCGAGUGGGUCUCCGGCGGCCGGUGCGGGCCGCUGGCCGGCCAACUUGCCGGCUGUCACCAUGACCGGGUGGGAUGAUGAGGAUGACCAGGACAACAUCAGUCCAUCGGUGAUGGCUUUGUCGCCGUUGCGCUUGCGAGAUGGCCCGGGGCCUGCCUCGAAAUCGGGCCCCGGCACUGACACCAGCUUCGGCCCGGAUGACACGCCUCCCCGGCGCGAUGGGUUGGACUUGUCGCCGGUAGACCGGGGUCUUCCGCUGACCGGGCCCCGGGGCCUGGCCCCCGGGGCCACGUCGGACCUCAUGUGCCCCUUCGAGCGCGAGCACACCGGCGACAUAGACAUCCCCCUGGAGCGGCUCCCGACGCCGGGCCAGCUGGAGAGCAUGGCCCUUCACCCGGGCCCGGAGCCGGCGGUGGAUGCCACUCCCGGUCCACUGACAGCCGGCCUCAUGACAGCACUGGCCGACGCCGACGACACGCCCCUGCUAUCCCGGACGGGGGGGAAUACUGUCCGGCGUGCCGGUCCCUCGGCGGGCGAUCCCUCGCUGAUGCUCUUCCCCGGCCGAGGGGAUCCCGGGCUCUUUGGCACCGAGAACCGGCCGAUGAUGCUGGCCGACGCGCCGGAGGACAUGUCUGAGGCCGAUCAGCGUGCCUUGUGCCUGGCCCCGAGUGGCGUGUUGUCCUUCGACUCGACGAAUGGUGCCCCAUCGGCGGCCCUGAUGCCCAUGGGGUCCGAGGAUCACGGUCAGGGGGGGCCAUCCCCCCUGCCCGGACUGCUGAGUGGCCCUGGGCGUGGGUUUGUGGCUCCCUUCCCGCCUUCUUCCGGUUCGGGGGGGCUUUUCAGCGACACCCCGCCGACCGGGGGCCCGCGCGGGCCUUCGCACACUGCGCCGACGCCCGGAUCGGCCAGCGGUCUCUUCGGGGACACGCGCCCGGUGUCCGGCCCGAAGGCCCCUCGUAAUGGGGGCUUCCAUGGGCCGUCGUACUUCCUCGGGGGCGGGCAUGGCCCGGUUGGCGGAGGGGCUUCCGCCAGCCCGCGCUCUGACUCGCGCUUUCGCACGGAGUUCGAGGAGCUUGGCCUGCUGGGUACUGGGUCCUUCGGCAGUGUCUUCCUGUGUCGGAAUCUCAUCGACCGGGUGAAGUAUGCCAUCAAGGAGCUGCCGGCCUCCUCGUGUGAGGGCGGGAAACUCCCCCGCAAGGAGGUCUAUGCCCAUGCGCGGCUUGCGCAAUUUGGUGCUCAUGAAAAUGUUGUCCGAUACUUCACCGUGUGGGAGGAGUUCGUGUGGGAUGAGCGGCCCGGCCCGCGGCCGUCGGGCUCGGGCCCGGUGACCGGCGGGACGCCCACCGGACGCAAGAAGAUCUACAUCCAGAUUGAGUAUUGCAACGGCGGGUCAUUGUCCACCCGGCGCCGGUACGCGGAGACCGAACUCCUGGCCAUCCUAUUUCAAGUGUGCCAGGGCCUGCGGUGGAUCCACGACAAGAACAUGGCGCACAUGGACAUCAAGCCGUCGAACCUCUUCAUGACUCGAACGCCGGGGCUGUCGCCGGCCGAGCAGGAGCGCGUGGUCUACAAGAUCGGCGACCUGGGCCAUGUGGCCACCAUCGACACGUCGGCGGCGGCGGCCGCACGGAAGCCCACGGCAGCAGCAGCAGCAGCAGCAGCAGCAGCCGCGGCGGCAACGGCCUCGGCGGCGGCGUCGAAGUCCGGCAGCCGGCCGGCCACGCCAUGUGUGGCCCCCGGGGUGGCGGCCUCUUCGGCGGCGCUUCCGCUCCAUGGUUCGGCCUCCUUCCUGCAGGAGGCCGGCUUGCCGGUGGCAGCCACGAGGCCGAGCUCCUCGCGGGGGUUCUUCACCGACACACCGAUGUCCGGCGAGCCGGAGUUCGCCUCGCCGGCGCCAGUCCGCCCGAGCAGUGGCAGUCCGAUUGAAGCCCGCGCCGAUGGUGGCAACUUCGACACCUUCCCCUCGAUGUCGCUGGUGUCCAUUGGCGAUGUGCCACGCCAGCUGCACGAGGAGGACCAUCUGCUGUCGGGCGUCGGAGCGUCGGGCUUCGGGCGGCCCGGGUCGGCCGGCAGGGGAGGCGGUGCAUCCGGGGUGCCGGGCACGCCAGCCCCGGGGGCCGGUGGUGCCGCCACCGCCACCGGGGCCGGUGCUCGGCGUGUCGAGCGUCACGUCGAAGAGGGCGACUGCCGGUACAUGGCGCCGGAAUUGCUGGAAGACGACUAUUCCAGCCUGGAUCGCAGUGACAUUUUCGCCCUCGGGCUGACGAUUUACGAGCUGGCCACCGGGGUGCCAUUGCCGAAGAACGGCGAGUACUGGCAGCGCCUGCGCCGAGACGCGCCGCUGUCCAUCCCCGGCUUCAGCGCGGAGUUCAGCCAAUUGAUCCAGCUGAUGACGCGCCGGCAGCCCAGCGAGCGUCCCUCGGCGGCGCUUCUGUGCGACUUCUUCCUGCCGACAUAUCUGGCGGCGACCACGGCCACGGCCACGGCCACGGCCACGGCGGCGAGCGUCGGUGGUGUGCCAGUCUUGGGAAGUGGCAGCCCGAUCCCGGACUGGCGCCUGUCUCCGGGGGCAGGGGCCCCGGGGCUCCUGUUGACGCCUUCCCCGGCGGCCGGCUGGCUGGCGGCCAAUGGGCGAGCUCUUUCGCCGGUGGCGGCGGCCUACUCUCCUUCGGGUGGGGCCGGUGCCGGGGGGGCCUCGCUGGCAUCGCCUUUGCUUCCGGCCGAGAGCCCCGGAACCGGGGCCGGGACCCCGGUGUCGGAGGAAAUCAUCCUCCUUCGGCGGGAGUUGAUGGCCGCGCGGCUGCGCAACAUCGAGCUGGUUCUGGCCGCGUCGAAUAGCAGCCCGGCGGCCGGUGGCAUGGCUGACGGUGGGUUUGGUCUGACUCCGGACCGGGGGCCGAUCAACUUCGGGGGGACACCCUCUCCCUCGGCGGCGGCCGGCGGCCCGGCCAGCAGCGAGCUGCAGUUGGUUCUGGCGGAGUAUGUGAUUUCGCUGAGGCACUGGCAAUCGACCGGGGGCGGGACGCCGCCCCCGCCGACGGUGCCGCCCCUGCACCAGCGCCUUGGUGUGCCGGGGGCGGGGGGUCGGCUGUUCUCGCCAAGUUCCAGCAGCAAUGGUGGUACCGGCGGGGAUGGCACUCCCACAGCAGCGACCAUGGCCACUGGGGCAUUGGCGGCCUCGCCGAGUGUCAGUGCGGCUGUCUCCAGCGGCGGCGGCGGCGGCGGCGGCGGCGGCGGCGGCGGCGGCGGCAUCGGCAUCGGCAUCGGCAUCGGCAACGGCGGCGGCACUGCCACCACCACCACCACCACCACCACCACCACCACCACCACCACCACCAGCAACAGUAACAGCAGCAGCAUCAACAACAACAACAACAACAGUGGUAGCGACUCCAUGUUCGACGAUGAACCAGCUGGUAAGCGCCUCCGCUUGAACAUCUCCCCCGAUCAGAAGCAGCCCCUCUUCCGGUAG